CCCGCCGCGCUGCAUGCCGGGAGUUGGCCUCUAGACUCCGUGGAGGAUGGGGGCGGGCUCGGGCUGCUCCAUUUUGUCCCCAUUGGAGGGUCGGCCAGGCCGCGCGCGGGCGGAUUCCGGCGCUGCCCUGCCCCUGCCUGCCUAAGAAGCCGGGGUGGGGCUCGAGCGGGAGGCGGUGCCGUAGCCAAGCCCCGUCCCAGCCGCAGCCCCGAGUCCCGGCUUCUCCCCUCUGCCUGCCGCGGGGCGAGCGUCUCUCCCGGGGGCGAGGCCCCGUCUCCCCGCGGCAGCGGCUCCAUGGUGCCUGCAGUAACAGGCAGGACGCGGAGGAGGCGCCCCCCGGGGGUCCCGCCCGCCCCAGCUCCGGGCGCCCCGCGGCCGCCGGCCUGACAGGCCCCAGCGCCAGGCGCGGCGGCGGCGGGAGGAUGGCGGGCCAGCUGGUGAUCCUCAACGUGUACGACAUGUAUUGGAUGAAUGAAUACACCUCCUCCCUUGGAAUUGGAGUAUUCCAUUCAGGAAUAGAGGUAUAUGGCAGAGAAUUUGCUUAUGGUGGUCAUCCUUAUCCUUUUUCUGGAAUAUUUGAAAUUUCUCCGGGAAAUGCUGCUGAACUAGGAGAAACAUUUAAAUUUAAAGAAGCUGUAGUUCUAGGCAGUACUGACUUCAUGGAAGAUGACAUAGAAAAAAUUGUAGAAGAGCUUGGAAAAGAAUUUAAAGGAAAUGCCUAUCACUUAAUGCACAAAAACUGUAAUCAUUUUUCUUCAGCUUUAUCAGAGAUUCUAUGUGGGAAAGAGAUUCCACGUUGGGUGAAUCGCCUCGCCUAUUUCAGCUCUUGUAUACCAUUUCUCCAAAGCUGCCUACCGAAGGAAUGGCUUACUCCUGCAGCUCUUCAAUCUAGUGUCAGCCAGGAACUACAGGAGGAGCUGGAGGAAGCCGAGGAUGCUGCAGCAGCUUCCCUGUCAAACUCUGCAUCGGGAUCUAGGACUGGACGCCACACCAAACUAUAAAUCUCUCUCCAAAGUAACACAUAAUUCUAAACACUUCAGUUGAAUAUCUCCAGCAAUUGACUUCAUUACUCAAAAUUAGAGAGCUGACUUUAACAUUCCUUUUGUAUGAAAAAUGGCUCUCUCCACCUCCAAGACCCAGUUAUUUCAGCUCAGGAUUAUAUAUGUAGUGAAAAGAAUCACUGGGAGAUAGGGGAAGACAUUUGUGUGAAGCCACUCUUUUUUUCACUUUCACCUGUUCUAUGAACUUGAAUUUACAUAACAGAUCUUGUAUAAAACAACUGAAAUUAUUUGUUUACAGUAUUGUGUACUGCUGUUUACAAGUCCUGUGUGGACUCCUGCCACCAUGAAAGAAGAGAAACUCUGAGCUCAGUUCAUUCCUGGUGUAACUCAAAAGGGCAGUGGAGUCACACCAGUGAUAAAUUUUGUCCAGUGUCUUCAUGAAUUAGGAAGGUAAACUUCCUCCACUUCUGACAGUUGCCAGAGAUAAAUAUAGCAGAAAUGGUUAAGUACUGUAUAUGUGAACAGGGUACCAUACAUUUAGAGUGGUUGAUAUAAAAAGGUAGAUUGGCUUAGUGUGUAACAAACUGUUACUAGAAGUAUGACCUCCACAUUAAAGUGUGGAGUUUUGCACAUAUGAGGGGAGAGUUUGUGUAACUACAAUCCGCGUUGUGUUUACACAUCUGAUCCAUAGCAUCAUAUUUCAAUCAUAUAGUCAUUACAUUUCUAAAAGGUGCCCCAUAUUCGUCUUUAUUUUAAAUUCUGUUUGAGUAGAGAUGUAGAAUCAUUUUGAGUAUCACCAGUUCAAACUGUCACACAUCAGGUCACACUGUCUGGUUUAUUUAAUUUAAAAUGUGGAACAAUAGGAUUAAGAACACUAGUACUUUGAAUUGGUUUGUAUGCUUCAUGUAACAUUGGACAGUAAUACAUAACACAUGGAUGGGUUGGGAAUGGCCAUACUUCCCUUACUCAUGAUUGCUUUAUUUGAAUUCUGUAACCAUUCCUAACUCAUGAAAACAAAAUAUGAAUUAUUCCCUGCUAGAUACUCAUACUUCCAUACACACACGGUAAGGAGAAGUUGAUUUUAUUCAUUAUCUCCAUCUGUGGCAUUAACUUUGUCAUAUGCAUUGAAGAUUACAUACACCUACGUAUACACACGGCAGAACUCCACUAAUCUGCAUGUGGUGUUACUCCCGUCUCAAGUUGGCAGAUGUAAUAAUUAUUUUAGAAAAUGACAGACUCUUGCUGGUACAUCAUGGAUUAUAAUUAAAGCUAAAUUAUAAUUAGUGAUCGGCAUAUGUUAUGGAAUGCCUUAUUCUUUUUAUUGUUCACUUACUGCAUUUUGAACAUUAAUUAGAAACUUGCAGUGGUUCCCCCAGUCACUGGUAUAAAUCAGUGAGGUUCUCCACUCUAUAUAGAAAUACAGUAGCAAAAGAUGGGAGUCUGACUGUUUUUUGUUAGAUUUGUUGCCUUAAGGAACUUUCAGUAAACUAC